GCACUCUAGGAGCUUUGUAGACUCAGUCUUCAUCAUGAGGUUUUCAAUAAACAUUCACGGCACCUUGCAGCUCAAUCAAGUCUAGAGCUUAUACUUAAGUUAUUAGUUAUCAGUUUCGCAAUCAUGGCACAAACACAGACACGCGGGACUUGCGACCCCAUAUUCCAAGAGGUACGCAAACAACUCCAGGACAACAUCGACUCCGGGGAAGAAGUCGGCGCUGCCAUCGCCGUCAACAUCAAUGGCAAUGACGUUGUAGACCUUUGGGGUGGCUACACGGACAAGGAACGCACCAAGCCAUGGAACAAAGACACUAUUGUCACUGUCUUCUCCUCCACGAAGACAGUCCUCAGUCUCGCCAUCCUCAUUCUUAUCGACCGUAAAGUCUUUUCAAUCAAAGAUAAGGUCUCAAAACAUUGGCCCGAGUUCGCCGCCAAUGGCAAAGAAGAUAUCGAGAUACGCCAUAUCCUCUCUCACACCUCAGGUGUAUCCGGCUGGGAUGCCGAUGGGCCGCUCUCUUUCGAAGACAUAUCCGACCUCGACAAAGCUGCAGCAAAGCUGGCUACGCAGGCACCGUGGUGGGCACCUGGCACAGCAUCAGGGUAUCACUCAUUUACGUUCGGUCAUCUACUGGCAGCCAUCGUCCGUCGCGCGACAGGCACAACGCUUAGAGACUUCAUCAUGGAAGAGAUCGCGAGGCCGCUUGGCGCAGACUUUCACUUUGGCGUUUCCGAGAAAGAGCUCCCCCGGACGACGGAUGUUAUUCCUGCGCCCAUGCCUCCGAUGAGCCCCGGAAUGGGUCCCCAGCCGGGCUCUAUAACGUUCAAGACCAUGAACCCCCGGCCCUUUCCAUCGGACUUUGGCAACGACCCUACCUGGCGUCAAGGCGACAUUCUCGCCGGUAGCGGGCACGCCAACGCCCACGCGCUCACGCAGAUCCUCUCGAUCAUCAGUCUCGGUGGCAGCGUCGACGGCAAGCGUUUCCUCUCACAAGAGACCAUCGACCUCAUCUUUGAGCAGCAAUCGAACGGGAUUGAUCUCGUUAUCGGCGCGCCUAUUCGUUUUGGAGUAGGAUUCGGCAUUACGGGCGAAGGUGGUACAGCGGUUGCUGAUUUCCUGCCCAACGGACGUGUUUGCUUCUGGGGAGGCCUCGGUGGAUCGUUCGUCGUCAUGGAUCUGGACAGGAAACUCACCAUUGCAUAUGUCAUGAAUAAGAUGUCCAUGUCGGGGUUAGGAAAUAACGCUGCGAAGUCUUACAUCAGGGCCAUUUAUAAGGCAUUAGAGGAGCAUUGAGCCGAAACUGUGAAGGCUUUCUUCCUUGUACAGCAUGACCGCCUUAGCUCCAUGGCAGAUUAUGUAAUUACUUGGCUAAAGAUAUCUCACCACCUGCUAGAUAGCGUCAAUACACCUCUACGAACUUCGUCAAAGGGCAUUAAUAAAUUAC